GUAUCAAGUCGGUUGCAGUUAGGCAGGAUUCGAGGUGGAUGUAUGAACUGUCAGUGGUAGACAGGCUCAAGUAAGCAAGUAGAUAUUGUGAACAAUGUGUUGUCCAAAAUCUGCUUCUUGGUGUCUCACAGAUAUGGUUUGAACAAGUCUGUUGCCUUUUCAUGACUCUAAAUAUUGGUGUAACCUGGGACAACUUACUACAGUGAGGAUGUCUAGUCUUGAUUUUUGUGGCAGUAUUCUUUUAUUAAAUUUCAUACAGCACUAUAGUUAUGAACUGUUUGAGCUCAGCUAGGGAUUCUUAUCCUAGGCAGGAUGAUUUGAGAGGUAAAAUCCAGUGCAAUUGUAACAAAAGCUGCUGGUGCUAAGUGGGAUGGCACAGUGUAAGUGCCUGAAGAAGUGGACACAGUUAUGUCACUGCACACAAGGACCGUGCGGCUCUGUUGCAGUUUUGCACUGGAAUUUUUUUCUGCAGAAUGUUGUUAUUCCUGAUUAACUAAACAACCUUGACAUUUGGAAAGGAAGUCUGGAAUAUUUGAAGUGGAUUUCUAGUUAGCUGAAAUGUGGUGGCUUGCGUUGAGGGAUGAAAGAGCUUCGUGCUUAGCCCAGGGAUUCAAAAGUUCAGGGGAAAGAAGCCAACUGCAGUGACCCUUUUUUGUGAAAGCGUGGUUAAUUUUUUCUUUACGUCACUUUUCUUUGUGAUAUGGUAUGGGCUGCUGAAGAAAGAGAGUUCUUUUGUGAUUUAUGUGCAGGGUAAUUUGUUUGAAAUACACUGUUUGAUGUUGGUCACUAAAAUACCUAAACUUGUUGCUGAAAUGAGGGAAAGAGCAGCGUUUUGGAAUCUUCUUUCUCAGAGUUAUAAUGUGCUUUUUAACGCGUGGAGAGGAUGUUACAAGUGUUUGCUUCCACAUGUGUUGCUUCUCUCUAGCUUCUUUAUCAUUGCAGCCAUCAAUUAAAAGUAACUCUCCAGGCUGAAAUGACAUGCACAGAGUCAGAAUAUAUUCAUUUUGCUACGUUGUGCUGCUGCUGUUUUGUUUUGAAUACACUUUGUCUCUUACAACCGCUCAUUUUAGUUGCUCUUUCGGGGCAGACAUGUUUUUCCUUGCCAUCUAAAAGGAUCUACAAAACUCCCUCAAAAACUGUGGUAGAAGUAGGGACAGACCCUAAAUCUCCUUUCCAAUUCCUCCCUCAGGUCCCUUUGCACAGUCCUUGUGCUCCUCUGACUGCAUCUUCUGAGUUAUUUCAUUUCUCAGCUGCAGCAUGAAUGAGAGAUGCUCGCAGGGAAGGGAAGCUGCCUCUGCUUCAGCUGCUGUUAAAUGCAUGAAAACAACUGAAGAAAACCUGUAGUAGAGAACAAUAUUUCUUAUAAAUAAGAAAUUUAUACUCUUUCAAAGCUCUCUGCAAAAGUUCUGGUGAAAUGUUUUAUUCCUCUGUAUGGCCUUUUGCCUAGAAAAUGAUUUAAAGGAAGGCUUUCUUGGCUGAUUGAAAAUACUGUUUAGAGUUCCGGUGUGUGUAGUGACUUACGUUGAGGAUUUUAGCAAUUGUUGGGGCUGGAAGGGGUCUGUUCCUCGUGCAGGUGCAGUGCAGCACAGAACAAUCUCAAGAACAGACCUGUAACCAGACAGUGGUUUCAUAAUGCAAGCAAACGUUUCCUGGAUGCCAGGCUUGAGCUCUUCAAGUCAUUUAUGUUCUUUAGUCAAAUCUGAAUCAGUGUUUCCAUGUUGGGCUAUUAACUGAGCAUGGUACCUUCACUCCCUACUGCAACUGGUCCAGAUAAAAAUUCUGACCUAUGCAGCACUGCUGUCUGUAAAUAUUUACUUUGUGAUACUUCUAAAUCAUGCAAAUAGCCAGGACAGUGCUGAAUGUAUCUUCCGUUUCAGUGUCUCUCUCCUUCAGUGAUUCUCCCUCUAGUAAUGAACUGCUGUGAGGUUCCCUUUCCCUUCCCUGCUCCUUCGGCGCUCUCCCACCCUCUGCUGAACACAGCUGGGCCUGCUGGGGCUCUGCUCGGUGAGCUGGGUGAGACAGAGGGCUCAGUCUUACCUUGGAGCUGUGUUUCUUCCCAGUAUCCUCAGAGAUAUUCCCAUGUCCUUGCCCAGCUCUACAUCUAAACCACUCGUAGUGUUGCCCCUCCCAGACUGUCUUCAUGGACCUUUAUUUUUGCUUCAGGCUCGAGGAAGAUGUUGGUCUUUGUGGCUUUGAAGUCAGCAGCUUCACCUGUUCAGGAUUGCAAAGGUUACUGCAAAAUUUAAGAUAUUCUCUUGGUACUAAGACGCAUCAACCCUCUCUGAAAAAAUCCUGUUGUUCAUAAAUUUCAGCAGUAAAAAAAUGCAGAAAUGAAUGUUUCAUGCAGAUUUCCUGGACAAACUGUUGUCCAGGACUUAAAAACUCUGUGUGUGUUGAGUGACUGCUCUUGGGUAAAAGUGAAAAUGAAAAUACAGUCACAAAGGUGUUGAGGAAAAGGACGCCUAUAAACGAGGAGGGAUGAUGUUCAGUGUAAAACAUGCUUUAUUUGCUCAUGCCUCGUGCUGCAGGGAAAGGCCGUUUGGGUAAUUCUCUUUGGUGUCCUCACCGUGUCAGAGGGCUCUUGUCCUGUGGGAGCUGCAGACAGCCCAGAGCACUCCCUGCCUGUGGGGCACACAGCUCCACGUGCAGCUCUGCUGGGCUUCCUGGGCACGGCCCGCGGCUGCCUGCAGGAGCAAAUGCUCUCCUGAAGGGAUUAAAAUGCGUUCACGUUUCAGGGAACACGGCUAACAAAUGUGAAUAUAAAUCAGCUGCAAAACCGACUGAUUCCUGUCCUGUUUGUCAGUGCACAGAGUUAACGCACAAGUUCAUGACAAGUUCAAGUGCUGCUCAGCAAACGAGGCAGGUGUAUGAUUUCAGAGCAGCUGCACUCUUCACCUCAUUAAUAGUAUUUUGGGGCAAAAUGAUGAAUUACUGUAAGUCAAAAAAAUUGUAUAUACCCCAGAGAGUUUUGUUUCAUCAGGUUCAUGUUUUUCAACUCUUGUUCUGUUUUAAUUCUGUCUGAAAUGCUGGGUUUGCAGAGAAGGGAUGUUUGUAAAGUGGGAAUUCUCCCAUAUAAUCAUUACAACUUCAUGGUUUAGCUGUCUUGGAAUGUUGUAUCCAGAACCUGUCAUAAUAAAUAUCACUUAGUUGUUCCAUUUUAUCCUUUAUUUGUAUAGGUGCUAAUGUUUCUCUACAGUCUCAAAGAUCAGACCUAAACAUAUCUAGAACCUUGAAGUUCUGGGUUGGUUUUGGGUUUUGUUACUCCAGAUCUAAAGGAUUAUUUAUACCACUCCUAGUUCGAGAUCUCUUUCAUUCCCUGCCUUUUUUUGUGGCUUGGAGGCAGUUGUACCACUCCCAAUGGGAGUUAUUUCUUUAUAUAUUGUUGCAUUUCCUGUGAAAUAGAGUAUCUUAAAUGUAAUCCUAAAUGUAGUGGCAGUAAACUUUGUUUCCAGGAGGCCCCGGUGCAUUUCCUGUGGAGUAUCAGAAUGGAACAAGUCAUUGUUUUUAAGAUACAGUUUAAAAAAAUGUUAUUUUAGCCUUUCUGUACUUUUUAGUUAAAAUCUAGACUUGAUUUUAUCUGAACCCAGUCAGCUGAGGGGAAUUAUGUGGCUGAUACUUGGUUUGCCCUGACCCUUUCUUUAGAAGUGUUUUUUCUUACAAUCCAUCAUAGUUUGUGGAUUUAGUCAGUAUGGACUAGUCAAGUUAUAUUUCCUUUUCCAAACCAAAGCUGUUUUUAAAAGCUGUCACUGCAGAUCCACUUUUGAUAAUCAGUGAACUACAAGAAGAUCCUGGAAACUUGAAACUGUGACCACAGAAUUUCUUGGCUGUUAGGUGAUGUCAAAAGGAAUUUUACCUGCAGGUGGAUUAACAGUGAAGGAAUAAAUUCAUGUGCAGGAGCUGUUCUUGAGCUGUCUACACUUUCAGUCCAAAAAAGGAGAAGAAAAAUGGUUGUUCUGAGAGAAUAUUUUAUGCAUAGUGUGUGAUGCAUAUGAAGUUUGAGAUGUGGCUGUUUCUAAGUCGUAGAUGAAAUGUGAGCGAAGAGGUGGAUUGGAGCAAACCUCAGUGAGUUGCUGGACACUUGUGAGUGAGGAUGAGUUGCUGAGGAAGGUUUUUUGCAGUUCUUCUCGCUGUGGUUUGUGUAGCACCUUUUGAGUCUCUUGCCUGCUGCACUGGAGGAUGCCCGGGCUGGUUUCUGUUUCACGUUGCAGUUUUCGGGGUGCAGUUUGAAUGCUCCGGGUGAUGUUUCAGAACCAGUGGAAUUACCCUGUGGCAGGGAUAGGACCCUUCAGAAGGGGUGAGGGAGAUGGCUGGGGUUUGGGAACUGCUGGAGUCACCUCAGAAAAAACCUAUUUCCUCUUGGGAGUGUGAGUCCUUCCCUGUGCAGUGUUUGGGCUCUGUAGGGUUUGCUUUGGACAUUCAGUUCUGGAGAUUUGGGUUCUUUGGCUCAUGAAAUUUUUUCAUGGUGUGCAUUAACUGUGUGCUGUUUACCAUAUUGGGACAACCAGGAAUCUGGUGUUCCUUGGAAAAUGUUUUUAGGAAAGAAGCUAUCUUUGUUUCUAUGACAUACUUUUAAAACAAGAAAACCCUGUAAUGUUUGUACCCUUCUCAGUUUUAAGUCAUCGCUCUGUGGUAUUUUUAGUCGAGGAAAUGUCUACAUCCUUAAUUUCCAUUUCUGAAGCGAGGACUUCCUCCUACCUCUUUUGGCUGAUUUUGGUGUUCUUGUGACCCUCCUUGGCAGAAGAGAUCUGGAUAAGCUCCAUGGCAGGGUGUAAGAGCUGUUCCUCCAUGGAAGUCCAGGAGGAGCUUUCCUCCCUCAGGGAUUCUCUGUGUCCCAGGGUGUUACGUGGUAACUGGUGAGCGGAUGCUGGAGAUCUGGACUCUUAUUGGAAGUGGAUGUGCUCAUCAUCCCUCUAUUUUUAUAUUAUUUUUUGGUAGGCAAGUGGGUAAUUGAUCAGAAACUUCCAAAGAUGUUGAUGUGAUCUUAGUUUUUCCUGUUAUUUCCCCUCCAUAAUGCAGCAAACUUGCGUAUGGCCUGGGCCCUGAAAUCAUGUAUUAGCAACUUUUCUUUGAGAUCAUAAAUUACAGGAGGGAUUAAAAUAGAAUUUCCAGGAGAGGAGUAUCUUGUCAGCUGAAUAUGAUCAACCCCAUUUUGGUAGAGCAGAAAUUCUAUUUGUAUUUGUAGCAGGAGAGAGAGAAAGAAACUGUUAUUUAAAGAUGAAGUAUAACAAUGUGAUCGAGAUUUGGCAAGAGUCUGGAUGUAAAUUAUAUAUGUAAGGAUGCAACCAACUCUCACCUUUGGCAACAAAAAGUGCUCUGAAUGACUCUUUAAUACUUAUUUGAUAUUUAGUGUUCAAAAACUAUUACUUGAAAUACUUUAAGCAGCUGGUUACCUGUGAAUGGGGAAUCUUUUUUCUAUUAAAAUAUGGACUAUAAAAACCCAUUUAAAUUUUUUGGCUCCCUUGAUGGAGAUGGAGAAUCUUCCUAGUGCAGAGUCAAUGUGACAUCUUGAAUUGACAGCUGUAAUGCUCCUUAACUUGUGUCACGUCGGUAAUUGGCUAAAUUAAAGUUUACCAUGUGCCAUGGAGAAUAUGUCAGGCACUGCAGAGCUUUGGAUGUUCAGAAAUAAGAUUAUAUUGUACAUGAAUGGAAAUUUCAGGCCGUGAAAAAGGUUGAAUUCAGAUAUUUGGGCUUUUCUUAGCAUCUAUUUUUCAAAUACUCCUGUUGCUUGAUUUAUAUGAUGUUAAUAAUUAAUGGAGAGAAUGUUGUUCAGUGUUGGUAGUAAAACACAGCCUUACAGAUGUAACUUUUGUGCUGUAUUUCUAGAAGGGAUAGAAAUAAUGAUUUUUCCAUCAAUAGCUUUGUGAGUAGAGGGAGUGCAACUGAAUGAGAUUAAAGUUCCUGGGAAUUUAUGGUGUAUUUGGGAAUUUAUGGUUCUGUCUGUCACAGAAGAAGAAAAGGCAUUUGCACAUGUGGAAUUGUCUUGGAAAAUUCAGCAGUGAGUUGUUCUCAACUUGGAGAAAAUACAUUCAUUGUUUCUGUUCAUUCCAACAGCAUAUGUCCUUGUGCUUUGACUACAAGCUUUUGAGUAUUCUGCAACAUAAAACUGAGUGAAAAAAGAGUGAAAAAGAGAUUAGAAGAAGUGUGGAAGAGGCCCUGAGCUUUGGGGAUGACGCCUGUGUUCUGCAGAAAUGGGAAGCACAGUACUCUGGAGCAUAUUUAAAUGACCAUUACUCAAGUUGUCUUUGAUUUUAGUUUUGACCUUUGAAUUUUUUUUUUUUUUUGCUUGUAUCGCACAAAGAAUUUUUCAUCUUUUGGAGGGUAUGCCCAGCAGAUUUUCAUACUUUACAGUAGAUCUCAUCUGUGAGCUUGGCCAUUCUAGCUGGAAUUCAAGUUCUUCAGUUUUAAAGCACAGAAUUAUCUUAAAUCUGCUCAGGCAUCAACCUUCUGGCGGUUUCCUAGAAACAUGAUUGCUCGCUGGUCUUGAUCUCACAGCUUUGUGGAGACUCCUUCCCUGAUAAUGUCAAGUUCAGGCUACCCUCCGAACCAAGGAGCUUUCAGCACGGAGCAGAGCCGGUACCCGCCCCACUCUGUGCAGUACACCUUCCCCAGCACCCGCCACCAGCAGGAAUUCGCCGUUCCCGACUAUCGCUCGUCUCACCUGGAGGUCAGCCAGGCCACGCAGCUCCUGCAGCAGCAGCAGCAGCAGCAGCAGCUCCGGCGCCGGCCCUCGCUGCUCUCCGAGUUCCACCCCGGCUCUGACAGGCCUCAGGAAAGGAGAACUGGAUAUGAACAGCAGUUCCAUCCAGGUCCAUCUCAGACUGAUCAUGAUUCUCUGGAAUCUAAGCGACCACGCCUUGAGCAAGUGUCUGAUUCCCAUUUCCAGCGUGUCAGUGCAGCCACUGUCUUGCCUUUAGUGCAUCCUCUGCAGGAAGGGUUGAGGUCUGCAGAUAUUAAGAAGGACCCAGCUUUUGGAGGAAAGCAUGAGGGACCAUCUUCUCCAAUUUCUGGUCAGCCUUGUGGGGAGGACCAAAAUGCUUCACCUUCCAAGCUGUCAAAGGAAGAAUUGAUCCAGAGCAUGGACCGCGUAGAUCGCGAAAUUGCAAAAGUGGAGCAGCAAAUCCUGAAACUGAAGAAAAAGCAACAACAACUUGAAGAAGAAGCUGCUAAGCCUCCCGAGCCGGAGAGGCCGGUGUCCCCUCCUCCUGUGGAGCAGAAGCACCGCAGCAUCGUCCAGAUCAUUUACGAUGAGAAUCGGAAAAAAGCAGAAGAAGCUCACAAGAUUUUUGAAGGUCUUGGUCCAAAAGUUGAAUUGCCACUUUACAACCAACCCUCAGACACCAAGGUCUACCAUGAAAACAUCAAAACAAACCAGGUGAUGAGGAAAAAGCUGAUCCUAUUCUUUAAAAGAAGGAACCAUGCACGAAAACAACGGGAACAGAAAAUCUGUCAACGCUAUGAUCAGCUGAUGGAGGCAUGGGAGAAGAAAGUGGACAGGAUAGAAAAUAAUCCACGCAGGAAAGCCAAGGAGAGCAAAACACGGGAGUACUAUGAGAAACAAUUCCCAGAAAUCAGGAAGCAGAGAGAACAGCAAGAAAGAUUCCAAAGAGUUGGCCAAAGAGGGGCUGGCCUUUCAGCAACCAUUGCCAGAAGUGAGCACGAGAUUUCAGAAAUCAUCGAUGGGCUCUCUGAGCAGGAGAAUAAUGAGAAGCAAAUGCGGCAGCUCUCCGUCAUCCCUCCCAUGAUGUUCGAUGCGGAGCAGAGAAGGGUGAAGUUCAUCAACAUGAACGGCCUGAUGGAGGAUCCCAUGAAAGUUUAUAAAGACAGGCAGUUCAUGAAUGUCUGGACAGACCAUGAGAAGGAGAUUUUUAAGGAAAAGUUUGUCCAACAUCCCAAGAACUUUGGUCUAAUUGCUUCCUACUUGGAACGAAAGAAUGUUCCUGACUGUGUAUUAUAUUAUUAUUUGACCAAGAAAAAUGAAAAUUAUAAAGCCCUUGUGCGAAGGAAUUAUGGCAAGCGCAGAGGAAGAAACCAGCAACAGAUUGCUCGUCCUUCUCAAGAAGAAAAGGUAGAAGAAAAGGUAGAAGAGGAAAAAUCAGACAAAUCAGAAAAGAAAGAGGAGGAAAAGAAAGAUGAGGAGGAGAAGGAUGAGAAGGAGGAAUCUAAAGAGAAUACCAAAGAAAAGGACAAAACUGAAGUUGCACCAGAGGAACCAGAGGAAAGGGAGCAGGCAGCUCCUCGGGGCCGAAAAACCGCCAACAGCCAAGGUCGGCGUAAGGGCAGGAUCACCAGAUCAAUGACAAAUGAAGCUGCACAGGCAAAUGCUGCUGCAGCUGCAGCCACUGAAGAGCCACCACCACCUCUGCCACCCCCACCAGAACCUUCUUCUACAGAGCCUGUGGAGACAUCCCGCUGGACAGAAGAAGAAAUGGAAGUUGCUAAGAAAGGUCUAGUGGAACACGGGCGAAAUUGGGCAGCGAUUGCCAAAAUGGUUGGCACAAAAAGUGAAGCUCAGUGUAAGAACUUCUACUUCAACUACAAAAGGAGACACAACCUGGACAGUCUCCUCCAACAGCACAAACAGAAGUCUUCGCGAAGGCCCCGAGAGGAGCGAGAUGUGUCCCAGUGUGAGAGCGUGGCUUCCACCGUGUCAGCCCAGGAGGAUGAAGACAUUGAAGCAUCUAAUGAAGAAGAGAACCCAGAAGACAGUGAAGGUGCUGAAAAUAGUUCUGAUACAGAAAGUGCUCCAUCUCCAACUCCAGCAGAACCUGCUAAACCAACUGAAGAAACUCCAUCUGAGCCUGCUGCUCCAAAAGUAACCACUGAGGCCCCAGCAGAGCAGGAAUCUGCCAUUAAACCUGCAGCCAGCACAUCUCCCUCCUUACCAGCCCAAAGUGUAACAACAGCUGAAACUCAGAACCCUGAGCCCCAGGUCAAGGAAGAAAUAAACACUGAGGCUGAGGAGCCUAUGGAGGUGGACAGUAGAAGCCAUUCAGCUGAAGCUAAGCCUGUGAUUACUCUUCCAGUUCAUACCAAAGUAGAACCUGUAGAGACUGAAAUGAGGCUACCAGAGAAUAUUCAAGUGAAAAUAGAGAGUGAUACCAAAGAGAGAGAGAUGGAGAAACCCAAGGAAAAGUCAGAACCAGAGGAGAUGGACUACAGCCUGUCCCAGCAAGUUCCUGCAGCCAGACCAGAAUCCCAUUCAGAUAAUGACUCCAGUGCCACCUGCAGUGCUGAUGAGGAAGUUGAUGGAGAACCUGACCGACAGGGUAUCUUCAGCAGAGAGUCAAAGCCCUCACUGUUAAAUCCCACUGGGUCAAUCCUGGUAUCAUCCACGAUAAAGCAAGGGCAGAUGGACCUGCAACAGCUUCACCACCGAGCUGCUGUCAUCCCACCUAUGGUUUCCUGCAGCCCCUGCUCUGUCCCCGUGGGCACCCCAGUGAGUGGUUAUGCCCUCUACCAGCGGCACAUCAAGGCCAUGCACGAGUCAGCCCUGCUGGAGGAGCAGAGACAGCGCCAGGAGCAGCUGGAUAUGGAAUAUCGGAGUGCUGUGAGCCCCUGUGGCACCUCCAAGAGCCCCAGUGUGGAGUGGGAAGGAAAACCAGUGGCCUAUAUGCCUUAUGCUGAGGUCAAGAGAAUAGAACAGGAAGCACAAGUGCAAAAUCCAGCCACAAGGUCAGCAUCACCCUACAGGUUAUCUCCAAGAGAAGUCAAUAAAGCCUCUCCCCAGCCUGAGAUGAAUGCAGCUCGCUACAGUGUCCCUCCAGUUCUCCAGCCAGCCCCUCACCAGGUGAUAACCAAUAUUCCUGAAGGAGUUCGCCUGCCCACAACCAGACCCACCAGACCACCACCACCUCUCAUUCCAUCCUCCAAAACCAGUGUGCCAUCAGAAAAACCUUCCUUCAUCAUGGGAGGCUCGAUCUCACAAGGAACACCUGGCACUUAUUUAACGUCCCACAGUCAAGCUUCCUACGCCCAAGAAACUGCAAAGCCAUCAGUGGGUUCUAUAUCCCUUGGGCUGCCAAGGCAGCAAGAGUCAGCCAAAUCUGCUUCCCUGCCCUAUAUCAAACAAGAAGAAUUCUCACCCAGAAGCCAGAAUUCCCAACCUGAGGGACUCCUGGUCAGGGCACAACACGAAAGUGUGGUGAGAGGUACCACAACGAUACAGGAGGGGAGUAUAACACGAGGAACUCCAACUAAUAAAGUUUCAGUUGAGAAUAUUCCUUCUUUGAGAGGCUCCAUAACUCAGGGUACCCCAGCUCUGUCCCAGCCCGGCAUCGCCGCCGACGCGCUGCUGAAGGGAACCAUCACCCGCCUGGCCACCGAGGACAGCAGCCCAGAGAAGUGCAGGGAGGAGGCCUCAGCCAAGGGCCAUGUCAUUUAUGAAGGCAAAAGCGGGCAUAUUCUCUCUUAUGAUGCUAUUAAAAAUGUCCGUGAAGGAACAAGGAGUCCCAGAACUGCUCAUGAGAUUGGUUUAAAGAGAACCUAUGAUACAAUGGAAGGAAAUAUAAAGCAGGGGAUGUCACUGAGGGAGUCUCCAGGGUCUGCACCACUGGAAGGUUUAAUCUGCCGAGCGCUGCCUCGGGGUAGCCCACACGCUGAACUGAAGGAGAGAACAGUCUUGUCUGGCUCUAUAAUGCAAGGCACACCAAGAGCAACAGCUGAAAGUUUUGAAGAAGGUUUGAAGUACCCCAAGCAGAUCAAGAGAGAGUCACCUCCCAUCAGGACGUUUGAAGGAGCCAUCACCAAGGGCAAACCCUACGAUGGGGUCACCACCAUAAAGGAGAUGGGUCGCUCCAUCCAUGAGAUCCCAAGGCAGGACCUCUUAAGCCAAGAGAGCCGCAAGACUCCUGAAAUGGUGCAGACAAGCAGGCCAAUCAUAGAAGGCUCCAUAUCUCAGGGCACACCCAUAAAAUAUGAAAGCAACUCUGGCCAGUCUGCCAUCAAACACAAUGUAAAAUCUUUAAUCACUGGACCAAGCAAGCUGCCCCGGGGAAUGCCUCAGCUGGAAAUGGUGCCAGAAAACGUCAAGGUGGUGGAGCGAGGAAAAUACGAAGAUGUGAAGACCGGGGAUGCCGUGCGGUCCCGUCACACGUCCGUAGUCAGCUCUGGUCCCUCUGUUCUCAGGUCAACCCUUCAUGAAACUCCCAAAUCACAGCUGAGCCCUGGGAUUUAUGAUGAUACAAAUGCUCGGAGGACACCUGUGAACUAUCAGAGUCCAAUGUCCAGGAGUUCACCCAUGAUGAAUAGAGUUAGUGAGGCUGGAGUAUCUUCUGGGAAGUCAGCAAAUCACGAAAGGAAGAACACACUUACUCCAACACAGAGGGAGAGUGUGCCAGCAAAAUCUCCAGUCCCAGGGGUUGAUCCUGUAGUGGCUCACAGUCCUUUUGACCCUCACCACAGAGGAGCAACUCCUGAAGUCUACAGGGGUCACCUCCCUCCCCAUUUAGAUCCUGCUAUGCCAUUUCACAGGGCUCUGGAUCCUGCUGCUGCUGCUUACCUGUUCCAAAGGCAGCUGUCCCCCACGCCGGGGUACCCCAGCCAGUACCAGCUGUAUGCCAUGGAGAACACGCGCCAGACCAUCCUCAACGACUACAUCACCUCCCAGCAGAUGCAAGUCAACCUCCGGCCUGAUGUCACCAGGGGAUUGUCCCCCAGGGAGCAAACUUUGGCACUGCCUUAUGCAGGAGCACGAGGAAUCAUUGACCUGAACAAUAUGGCCCCCACUAUCUUAGUGCCUCAUCCUGGAGGAACCAGCACCCCACCCAUGGAGAGAAUCACAUAUAUCCCUGGCACCCAGCUUACCUUCCCUCCCAGGCCUUACAACCCUGCUUCUCUGUCACCAGGACACCCCACACACCUGGCAGCUUCUGCAGCUGCAAAUGCUGAAAGGGAACGGGAAAGGGAAAGGGAGAAGGAACGGGAAAGGGAGAGGGAACGUGAGCGAGAGCGGGAGAGAGAACGAGAACGAGAGAGGGAGAGAAUCACCUCAGUCCCUGCUGAACUCUAUCUCCGACCAGGUGCAGAGCAGCCCGGCAGACCAGGCAGUCACGGAUACGUCCGGUCCCCAUCCCCCUCUGUCAGAAGCCAGGAAAACAUUCUGCAGCAAAGGCCAAGUAUAUUCCAAGGAACCAAUGGGACAAGUGUAAUCACACCUUUGGAUCCUGCUGCUCAGCUACGUAUCAUGCAGCUCACCCCUGGAGCUCCCUCUAUCACUCAAGGCUUGCCAGCUUCCCGUUACAACACUGCUGCUGAUGCCCUGGCAGCACUCGUGGAUGCUGCAGCCUCUGCCCCUCAGAUGGAAGUUGCCAAAGCAAAGGAGAACAAGCACGAAGGAACCAGGAUAGAGGAGAACAUGGGCCGCAGGUCAGCUGUGGUGACUGAGCAGCAGCAGAUGGAGCAGAAGACCCUGGAGGUAGAAAAGAGGCCUGUGCAGUGCCCCUAUACAUCUGCAAAUUACUCUGGUGGCAAGUCCCAGGGACAGACUUCAUCAGUAGUCUAUUCAGAGGCUGGUAAAGAGAAAGGACCUCCUCCUAAAUCCAGGUACGAGGAAGAGCUGAGAACUCGAGGAAAGACCACAAUUACUGCUGCUAACUUCAUAGAUGUGAUCAUCACUCGCCAGAUUGCUUCAGACAAGGAUGCUCGAGAUAGGGGCUCUCAAAGUUCAGAUUCUUCCAGUAGUUUGUCCUCACACCGGUAUGAAGCUCCUGGAGAUGCCAUUGAGGUGAUCAGCCCUGCAAAUUCACCUGUACCUGCUCAAGAAAAGCUACAGCCCUAUCAACAAGAGACACCCAAACCAAGCCAGGCAGAGACAGCUGACCCCAACAGGCCAUACGAGGGCCCCAUUCACCGCUACAGGACACAACAGGAGCCCCCCUCACCCCAGCAACCUCCACCUCCCUCUUCCCAGGCAGAGGGGAUGGCACACGUGCCCAGGACCCAUCGGCUCAUCACCCUUGCUGAUCACAUCUGUCAAAUUAUCACACAAGACUUUGCUAGAAACCAAGCAGCUUCUCAGGCCUCUUUGCAGCCUCCCACCACUACAUUCCAGAAUUCCACCCCUGCUCCAACGCCUGUUUCUGGCCGGGCAAAGACUUCGAACCGCUACAGCCCCGAGGCGCAGCCCCAGCCCGUGCACCACCAGCGGCCAGGGGCCAGAGUGUCCCCUGAGAACCUCUCUGACAAGGCCAGGGGAAGGCCUGGAAAAUCUCCAGAGAGGAGUCAUGUCCCCUCAGAGCCCUACGAGCCAAUCUCGCCACCUCAGGUCCCGGUUGUACAUGAGAAACAGGAAAAUGUUCUUUUGCUUUCCCAAAGAACUGAGCCUACUGAACAGAGGACUGACUCUCGCUCUCCAGGCAGUAUCAGUUACCUGCCUUCGUUUUUCACCAAACUUGAGAACACUUCACCAAUGGUGAAAUCCAAGAAACAGGAGAUAUUUCGAAAGCUGAACUCAUCUGGUGGAGGUGACUCUGACAUGGCAACUGCUCAGCCAGGGACUGAAAUAUUCAAUUUGCCAGCAGUCACUACCUCAGGUGCAGUCAGUUCUAGGGGUCACUCCUUUGCAGAUCCUGCCAGUAAUCUGGGUCUGGAAGACAUUAUUAGGAAAGCACUGAUGGGAAACUUUGAUGACAAGAGUGAGGAGCACGGAGUCGUCAUGUCCCAGCCUCUCGCGGUGGCUCCGGGCAGCUCCGGCGCCGCGGUACCGGCGAGUAACGAGACACGUAGGGAAGAAGCCAAUCCAUCUCCAAAUUCAGGUGGGGCAGUCAGCAAGCAGAAGCUCAUCGGCAAGUCAAACAGUAGGAAGUCAAAGUCUCCAAUUCCUGGGCAGGGAUAUUUGGGAACUGAAAGACCUUCCUCUGUCUCAUCUGUACAUUCAGAAGGGGACUACCACAGACAGACUCCAGUGUGGGCCUGGGAAGACAGGCCUUCAUCAACAGGUUCCACCCAGUUUCCGUACAACCCUCUGACCAUGAGGAUGCUGAGCAGCACCCCCCCGACCUCCAUCGCCUGUGCCCCCCCGUCCAUGAGCCAAGCAACCACUCACCCACAGAACAGGAUCUGGGAGCGAGAGCCUGCACCACUGCUUUCAGCACAAUAUGAGACUCUGUCUGACAGUGAUGACUGAACUAUGCAGAUUUUUUUUUUUUUUUUUAAUUUGCGGGUCAAAAAAAGAAAUCUAUUUUUGACUUGUGCCCACAGAGACUUUCCAAGAGAGCAAGGGCCACACAAUGAAGAAUUGCUGGAGAGUCCGUGAAAUGCCUUCUGCACAGGCUGUGUGUUGGAGGAUUGUUGUCGAGAAGGUUGACUUACUUAAAGAUAAAUAUGUAAAGAGUUUUUAAAAAUGUGGACUAUUCCUGCUCUACAUCUAUUUGUAAAG